UGAUGAUGACAAAAUCCCAUUUUUAGUGCUAAAGAAAUCACUCGACAGAGAGAAGAAACACAAAUACUCUCUCGUAGUAACAGCAGUGGACGGAGGCAAGCCUGCUCGGUCAGGAACGUUUAAUGUCGGGAUUUCUGUUCUCGAUAGUAACGACAAUAGACCCGUUUUUACGCAGGAGUCUUAUGAAAUCACAAUACAAGAAAACAUAGCAUUUAAUACAGUUAUAUUAACAAUGAAUGCGACUGAUUUGGAUGAAGGAAUAAACGGAGAAAUUGAAUACCAAUUUGGAAAGACACUGAAAAGAAAAGUUUAUGAGACGUUUGAGUUGGACAGAAAAACAGGGGAGAUUAGAGUAAAAGGAAACGUGGACUUUGAAGAGACUGAUGUUUAUAAGCUGGAUAUUGAAGCCUCUGAUAAAGGAACACCUCCUCUCACUGGAGAGUGCAGAGUCAUUAUAAAGGUAAAGGAUUUAAAUGACAAUCCACCAGAAAUAGAGAUCACAUCACUGUCAAACACAGUGUCAGAAGACUCAAAGCCAGGCACAGUCAUUUAUCUGCUUAGUGUGACUGAUAAAGACUCUGGGCUUAAUGGGAAAAUCAGAACAGAAAUUCAAACGGAGGGUCCAUUUGAAUUAAAGCCGUCAUAUAAGGAAAAUAUAUAUUCAGUUACAACCAAACUCGUUCUUGAUCGUGAGAAAAAUCCUCGUUAUGAAAUAAUAGUUAAAGCCACUGAUUGUGGUGAUCCGUCAUUAUCCAGUUUUAAAACGUUCAACAUUGAAAUAUCAGAUGUGAACGAUAACAGUCCACAGUUCUCUCACAAUCCACUCUACUUUUAUUUAUCAGAAAAUAAUGCUGCAGGGACGCCACUGUUCUCUGUUAGUGCAACAGACAUGGAUUUGAAUGAAAAUGCAGUGAUUUCUUAUCAUAUAGUGAAAGAAGGAAAUAAUAACGAUAUAAACGCAUUUCUGAAUGUAAACUCAGAAACUGGGCAAAUAUCUGGAAUGAAAAGCUUUGACUUUGAAAGUGUGAAAACGUUCCAGUUCCACGUUGUUGCCACAGAUUCUGGAAGUCCUCCUCUGAGGAGCAACGUGACAGUGAACGUGUUCAUUCUGGAUCAGAACGACAACACUCCAGUCAUCCUGUAUCCAGUCAGCUCCAACGGUUCUGCUGAAGGGGUGGAGGAGAUUCCCCGCAACGUGAACGCAGGACACUUGGUGACUAAAGUGCGAGCCUAUGACGCUGAUAUAGGAUAUAACGGCUGGCUGCUGUUCUCACUGCAGCAAGUGACUGACCACAGUCUCUUUGCUUUGGACCGCUAUACAGGACAGAUCCGAACUCUCCGCUCGUUCACAGAGACAGACGAGGCUGAACACAAACUGCUCAUCCUGGUCAAAGACAAUGGCAACGUUUCCCUCUCAGCAACAGCUACUGUCAUUGUCAAACUUGUGGAGCCCAAAGAGGCUUUUGCAGCUUCUGAUGUUCAAAGUGCAGCAGCGGAGGAUGAAGACAGUCACGUGACUUUCUACCUCAUCAUCACUUUGGGCUCCGUUUCCCUGCUGUUUCUCAUCAGCAUCAUCGUGCUGAUUGCAAUGCAGUGCUCCAAGUCCACAGACUAUACUUCCAAAUAUCUGCCAGAGCCCAAUUAUGAUGGAACACUGUGUCACAGCAUCCAGUACAGAUCUGGAGACAAACGCUACAUGUUAGUGGGACCCAGAAUGAGUGUUGGAUCUACCAUAGUUCCUGGAAGUCAUGCAAACACACUUGUGCUUCCUGAUAGGAGGAAAACUUCUGAUGAGGUAAGCAUGAUUCUUAUUGCCUGACUGUAAUUUUUAUCCUAAUUUUACGCUGUCAGUGGUUCUGACACUGUCUGUUGAGUAAAUACGUUUAGUUCUCUUCAUCUUAUUUCAUCUGUUUUUGGAGUCAAAUCCCAUUGAAAAUUUUACCUUCUUUGGGU